CCGGCCGGGCUAUAAGAGAGGGCCGGCGGAGCCGGGCGGCUCAUGCUGGCGGCGGGAGGCGGUAGCGUCACCGGGGCAUCUCCGCCCGCCGCCGCCAUGAAGUCUCCGGCAGCUCAGCGGCCGGCGGGGCAAGGGCCGGGGGCGGACGGCGGCGGGGGCCUGGCGGAGGCGCUGGGCGAGUUCGACGCGGUGCUAGCCGAGUUCUCCUGCCCCGCCGGCCGGCGCCGCUUCUACUACGGCGACCACCUGGAGCGCAUGAAGCGGCGGAGCAGCGCCAGCGUCAGCGACGGCAGCGGCCUCAGCGACUCCGAGAGUGCAGAUUCACUCUACAGAAAUAGUUUCAGUCUCAGUGAUGAAAAGCUCAACUCUCCAACUGCAUCUACUCCAAGCUUGCCAUCUCCAUCUGUAACGCCAUGUAAAGCAAAGCUUGGAGACACAAAAGAACUGGAGGACUUCAUUGCUGAUCUUGACAGAACACUAGCAAGUAUGUGAAAUUAAUUUUUGGCACUGUGCUUGCCUGUGGGUGUCCUCUGAAGGAUAAGUGACAUCGGUCCCUGAGAACUGCUGCCCUUGUCUGGUAACUUUGCUCCCCAAGAUACUCACCUUCUGCACAUAACCUUUGUAAACUCCUACAAGUAUUUAACUGUGGUGAUACCAGGUUUUUUUACGUUGCAGCAGAUGGAAUAAGAUAACUUAAAUGUUACAGCUCUAUUUUGCUUUAAAAUAUAGUUUAAAUUGUAAUUUAAAGUUGCUUUUAUGCAAAUAUAUUUGUAAUUUUAUAUAGUUGAGAACUUUAAUGCUUUUUUCCAUUAUAAUAUAUUUUUAUAUGCAAAUAAAUUCUGAACUGGAAUCUGGAUGUCUGGAAGCUUCCUAUGUACAUGACAACUCUGAAACAUAAGUACAAAUUAAGCUCUUAUUGAAAACAACAUGCUUUAAAAUAUCUCGAUAAAGGUGUAUUUCCUGUCUGGCAAAAUUUGUUAUGCUGGUUUUAUGUGAUUGCUUAAAUAAGAGAAUCUUGUACUGUGUAAAAUUAAUGCAGUUGGAAAAAUAAUAAAACUGGUCAAACUGUUA